CCCACCCCCCCCCCGCACACACGAUACUUUAACGUUUUUUUAAAUGCGAUGCGAGUGCAAUUUUAACUUUUUAAAAGCUCGCUUCAGUCAUUGACGCUGCUUUUAGACGCAUUUGUGCGCUUUCGAGGGAUGCGAGCGGCUCUUCCUUCCCUCGUUAACCACCCUCCGCGCUGAGGAGCCCCGCUGGAGUCAGAGACUCGACGCUGCAGCCCUCGGUGAGGCUGCAGAUGGCAGACAGAAAGAAGAACUUGGUCAUAUCACUUUUCUGUGCUCGUGGUCUUCCAGCCAGGACUUAAAGAACUUAGAUCCAUCAAGUGGACAAUCUUACCUUUUACCAUAUCACUUUGAGUUGAACAGAAUUGGAAAGACAACAUUUUAAGGAACACACAAAUGGAGACCAUUUCUGUGAAUGCCUGUGACAUAAAUAAGUAAGAGAACAUUCCCUCACCGCAGAAAAGGAACGGGAAGGAACCAGAGGAACACCCCUCAACAGUGAGAGGGAAAUGUUCCAGUUUGGAAAGUACCCUAUGGACAUUUUAGAAAUGCUUAGUGGACACCAGGCUCACCAGUUCAAAGGCCUGGGGCUGGAAAGGCAGCUGCAGCACCAACAGCAGGUUCAACUUCAACACCAGCAGCAGCUUCAGCAACAACAGCAACAACAGGGUGAGGCCUCUGGCACACUCCUGUCUGGACUUGGCUUAGGUUCUCUUCAAGGAUCGAGAAGUAAUGCAUUUUCAGAUUCUUCAUCGAUCUUUGCCAAAAUGAGCGCACCACCCCCACCUAUCCCACAGCAAACUCAGUCCUCUUCAUCACAAAGCUCGCGCAAGUCUAGCAAGAUGAGCAGCAGCAGCAGUGGUAGUGCAAGUGGGACUUCAGCUUCUGGCUAUCCACAGUUCUUACGUCCCUUUCAUCCUGCAGAGGCUGCUCUAGCGCAGGAGCAACUUCACUCAGGGAUGGGACGAUUUGAUUUUGCCGGAGGAGGUAGUAGUGGUGGUUCUGGAGUACUUGGAGGAGUUGUAACAUCUGCUCCUCCACCACCACCCUUGCACCCUGGCCUCUCUGUGCCUCAGCCAUCCCCUGGACCAUCUUCUUCAUCACCUUCUCCCUCUAGUUCAACCACCACAUCCAAUAACGCCCCUAGCAGUAGCAGUACAGUGGCUGGACUGGUUGGAGCCCAGUCAGAUGCUCGAAGUUUACACCAGCAAUUCAGUUGCAUGCUUGCAGCCAACCAGUACUUCCUCUCUGGAGUACCUGCCAAUGCCAGCUUGGAACAGUUUCUAGUUCAGCAGGGCCCCCAUAACCAUCUUGGUCUUUCAGACUCAAACACAGGUCUUGCCCCUCCCCCAGCCCUUCACCCAUCUCACACUCAUGGACACCCAGCCCCUCAGCCUCAGCAGCAGCAGCAGCAGCUACCACCUCAUGCAUUGUCUCACCCUCACAGCCAUGCUCACCCACACCACCCUCUUCACCCUGCGCCCCAGCCAUCACCUCUUGGUGGGUUUGAUUUUCAAGGUAUCCCUGUUCUUUCCUCCAAUCAGCUAGCUUCUCUAAUGCAACAGGAAGCUGGUCUUCCUCUCCCACUCCCACUUCAUCUUUCUGUCCCAAAGGAUGAUGGGAAGGGGGACGGUGGAUCUGGGGCUGGAGGAAGCGGAGGUAGCGGCAGCAGGAGAAAGAAAGCAAUGGCUGGUUACCUCCCCCAGAGGAAGACCGAUGGUAGCAGUAGCAGUAGUGGAAGCACUGCUAACUGUCACAGCAGCUCUGGUGCACAUGGUCAUGAUGGGUCUUCUGGCCUUGUUGGAGGAGGUGGAGGGGUUGGCAUGAGGGGUCUUGGUGGUGACCCCUCCUCCAUCCUCUCCUCUUCAACACCAUCCUCCUCCUCUUCUUCAACUGUCUCUUCCUCCUCUUCCUCUGCCCCCUCCUCAAACUCUGCCUCUGUUUUAGUAACAAAUGUUUCACAGAUGCCCAAAACUGAUAAUCAAUCCACCAUGACUCCUACUGUUACACAGCCUGAGCCAGAGCCUCUUUAUCACUGUAGAGAAUGUGGCAAAACAUUCACACACCUCCCCAGUCUCCGUAGACACAUACGCAGCCAUGAAGGAGAAGUUAAUGAUCCCAAUAGCAGUGCUAACCCAAACCCUAAUACAAGCCACCAGCAUCAGUCAGAUACAAGUCUCCCUCACUCAACUCAGGAUGGCAUACCUCACCAAAAUGCCCAUCAUCAACAUGAGCAGAAUCAGCAACAGUCCAACCCUGACCUUGCUUCUUCCUCAUGCCCAAGUCCAGACAAGUCUUACUGUUGUGAUGAAUGUGGUAAAGGUUUCAAGAAAAGAGGACAUCUCCUUCAGCAUGGUGUUAUCCAUUCGGGUGCACGUCCAUACGCUUGUUCUACCUGUGAGAGAUCUUUUAACCGUCGUGAAUCUCUCACUCGACAUGAGAAAAUUCAUGAAGAUAAGCCUUACCGCUGUCCAGCUUGUGGCCGCUGCUUUAGAGAGAGCACUUCUUUGCUUAACCAUGCUGCCUCCGGCUCAUGUGACAAACCAGGAAGGGGAUCAAGAUCUAGAAGCAGUGAUGGCAGCAGCUCAGUGAGUUCAGAAGGCAAGGUGGAAAGUGAUUUCCAAGGUCUAGGAGAGGAAAAAGGUUUGGGAUAUGAGAAAACUGAAGGAAGUGCAGCAGAAAUCUCCUGUGAUGCCCUGUAUCAACAGGACAGAGGAGGAAAUCCCAAUGCUGGUAUCAAAACGGAGGGGAAAUAUAAUUCAGCGUAUUCAAGAGAUCUCUACCAAACAUCCUACAGGGUUGAUGACUAUCGGCGGCCACAGGGUAACCCGACAUCAUAUUCUGGAGAUGGUUCUUGUAGUAACAACAUGUCAGGCCCUGCCCUCAGAAAAGCUCCCUUGGCUCCAACACUUCACCCACACCCUGCAAAUCAGCAACAACAUCACCACCACCAACAGCAGCCUCAUCUUCCACUCUCUUCUCUGUUAGAUGACUCUGAAGAUGAAGUUACUAGUAGUGCCAUGUCUGCAAUCGCGGCAGCUGCUGCCGCCUCUGUCUUGCCUGCUGAAAUGAACACCAGUGGAGGACGAGAGGAACGAAGGGACAUAAUUGGGGGUUUGUUAGGAGGGCUUGGAUUUGGCUCUAUGAGUGGCCCAUCAUCGACUUCUGCAGGAAAUGGAGGGAAUGAAGAGUGCAUAAAUGGAUCCAUGAUGCCCUUGUCUCAUCCUGCUCAGCAGCAGCAGCAGCAGCAGCAGCCGCCUAAUUCACAAAACGCCACAUCAGAUGCCAAACCGAAGCGGCCACGUAAGCCUAGACAAAAGAGGGAACCAAGACCUGGUGGUAUCCCUGGAGAGGGUGUGAAACGUCGUAGAAAUAACCAGAAUGGGGCUCGUGGGGAUGGCUCUGAAAGGCCUUAUUUAUGCACUGUUUGUGGACGUGGCUUUGGCAGACGUGAGACCCUACGCAGGCAUGAACGUGUUCAUACAGGGGAGAAACCAUUCCAUUGUGAUGUCUGUGGCAAAGAUUUUCGAGAACCUUUCCAUCUCACUAAACAUCAGACUGUUCAUUCAGGGGAGAAAAACUACAAAUGUUCUCUUUGUGGAAAAGAUUUUGGCUAUGCGCAAAGUCUGAAAAGACAUGAAAAGCUGCACCUAAGAGGGGAUUUUAAGCCAAGGAGGAGUAAAACUAAGUCUUCUGCAAACCGUGGAACAGUCAAUCAAGAAAGCAGUCAAACAAACACUGGUUCUUAUUACCCUUAUCCUCAGGAUAAAGCUCAAGAAUCUGGUGCUAGCACAUCGAACCAGCCUCCUCCUAGGCUGUACACAUGUGAAAUUUGUUGGAAGUCUUUUCGCCAUCACUUCCACUUGACUGCCCAUCACCAAGCUAUCCAUGAGCAUGGGGGGGAGAAACUUUUCUCAUGCGAGGUUUGCGGGAAAGCCUUUGCUUACUCUAACAGUCUGACGAGACAUAGAUUAUCACAGCAUGGGUUGGCACGCGCUGGACCAGCCACCCAAACAACAGGAAGUGGAUCUAGUGGAAAUACCACAUCCCUAACUGAAAGUGAAGCUGCCACCAAUGCUCUACUUCAUCUGACUCCGGACAGCGGAGGCCAUGGAGUACAGCAGACACAUUCGACUAUCUCCCAUACGCAGCAUCUUCACUCUCAACCUGCUGGCUAUUCUCCUCUCUUCUACACACCUGAAUCAGCUCAUAAUACAAAUACCAGUGCCCCUUCACACUCCCAACAUCCACACUACUCGCAUCCUACUGUAGGGCCCCUCCCCCAUCAACACCCAGUAACUGGAAAGGGGCAACAAAUUUAUUCAGGGGUUACGGGAAACCCCAUUCAUUCUGCGCCUCCUCAUGUCCAUAUUUCUUCCUCUUCACUGUCUCAACACCAGCAGCAGCAACAGCAGCCGCAACAGCAGUCCUCUUUUCCGAUGCUGCCACCGCACCUCCAACAUCCAGUCGUUCCAAUGCCUGAUGUUGUCCAGAAAAAGAAAAAAAAAAAAAAGAAAAAAAUUAGAUUUGUCAGUGGGGGGCAGCUGGUGAGGGAGUUCACCAAUUUUGAAAAUGCUCAAAGGAAUAGAUUUAUAAAAAGAAAGAAACGUAGGCUUCAGCAUCAGCUUAAAGUGAAAAAGUGGAUAGCCCAGCUUAAAUGGGCCAAAUAUACUGGAGGAAUUACAAUUAAUGUAGGGGGCGGUACAUGGCGGGUUGGCCGGUUACGGUUCAGAGGUCUUAGAUCUUUGGUAAUCCCCCUAAGGUCAUUUCCGUGUCCUAUUUGUCCCUCCACCACUUUCACACGACGGAUAACCCUUUCAGUCCACCGUGUGACGAGACACCCCCCAAGGAAACAUGGCUGUCGAGCUCGUCUGCGGUGCGUCGUCUGUGGCAAACGCUCUCGAAGGCUUCUGUCAGCUCUCCGCCAUCGAGCUCGGCAUCUUUCGCAAGGGUCAUUCUCUUGCCCCCGUUGCCCCUCACGAUUCUGGAAUGGCACCCUACUACAGCGGCACAUAUUUGCUUGCCGACGAAUUGGUGUAGGGCGAAAAACAUCACCAAAGGGAACUUAUUCCCAGAAAGGAGAGGAUCAUUUUGCAAGAGCAGGAGGCAUUGCAGUAUAUCGGCACUAAAUAUUUUCAUCCUGAAGAAAAUAGGACCUUUUCAAACUGAUGAAUUUUGAGAGCCAGAGCGAAAUGUGUGAAAGGCGUAGUGGAAAAAUCUGCUUUGAAUCCACUACAUGUUCACAGACACCUACACCCAUUAUGCACAUGGUCUCUGGCUUCAGCCAAGGGAGUGCCUCUUAUAAUAAAUGACUUGGUUAACUGAACAGUAAGCCUGUACCUAAAAGAAAAAAAGAACCGGAAUAGAAAAAUAAAGAAAAAAAAUCCAUUAAAGACAUGGAUCUCUAACAUGGUUUCUCCAAAGGGGAAGAAUAUUUUAGAUUAUGAGACUGUUUUGGUAGCACCUUUGUUGUUAUGGUAGCAUCUCUAUCCUUUAAAAAUGCAUUCAUUAUGUAUUUUCGUAACUUUUUUGUGCUGCGAUAAUGGAUGCGAACCAGUAAGAGUGAACUAAUCUGAACAGUAACAAUCUUUCUCUGACUUAGUUUCCCCCUUAUUACUCAGAGUUCAACAGUAUAGUCUUUCAUUAUUCUCAAAUAUAUGUAGCUUUAUGUUCCUUGUGGACGUGUGUUUUUAUUGUCACCCACCCCUCUCCCCUCUUUCUUGUUUUUGGUCUUGUUUAUACAAUUAUACAAAUACUUGCCCUGGAACUUCAUGUUGCUGUUAAAGAACAACUGUAUUCUCUAAGGACAACACUUACUAAGACACUUAGGUUUCUAAAUCUUGACUAUGCGAAAUUGAUGAGUUUAGUGAACCCUCAAAACCUUUAAAUCAUGAAAUUUGCUGCAGAACUGAUGGGGAGGGGAGAGUAUAGCGCAAUAGAUGCCAUGUUCCGUGUGUUUAAUGUCUUUUUUUUUUUUUUUUUGGUUUAAAUAUGUAAUUUUGUAGGUAUUUCUAUGACAAGUGUUAUAUCUUUGGUUGAGAUGGAUUGGUAUAAGAGUGGAGAAACCAGUCCGUACUGUAAAAUGCGUAUUAUAUUUUAUGUAUCAGUCGUUUUUGUUUGGUUUUUUUUUAUUCUUCCAGUUUUUUUUAAUCAUUUGUACUUUGUGGGAGGGUGUGUGUAUGUUGUAAGAUGAGGGGAAUAUAUGUAUCAAUGUGAUUUUUUUUUUUUUUUUCGUUUCUUUGUUUCUACCCCAUUUUGCUCUGUCUAACCUUAACCAGUUUAGCACAGUUCCCCCAACACUAUUGUAUACAUUUCAGUAAUUUACUUAGCUCCUCUGUCCCAAUGUUUUAAUCUCAGUAAACUAAAAUAUGAAAUAUAAAUACUAAAACUAUUCUUUUCUUUUUCCUGCGUCAACAGAAAUGGUGAGUCUCGCAGAAAACCAAUAAAAAGUUGAAAAUGUCA